GUGAUAGCCUGAAUGCUGCAGUAGUCAGUCAUUAGUCAUUAUCGACAACUCUGGAAUUCUGGAUACGAUUUAUACUGACCGGCAUUAUCGCACAAUCUCCUCCGCUGACUACUGCAAGUGCUGCAUUCGCGCAGGCGAUCUCGUUGCCCGUUUUAGUCAAUCUUUCAGUCAGUCAGUCAAUCAGUUGCGAGCACGCUGCCGGUGUAACGUUAUGCGAGCGGUGUGUGAACGGUAGUGUGUAUGUGUUUGGAUCUUUUUGGAUCGCGCGGAUGCACUCGCCUUGCUCUCUGUCACCGCCCGUAGCUCCGGCGCCACCCAGUUCUCGUCGCCGUCGUCGUGACCGGCACAGUCGUCGCAGUACGUACUACCCGUACGAGAUCCACGCGUCGCCAGAGACACGAUGUCAAGCGACGAAUCGUUUAAUAGUCUGUUCACCGCCACGGACAGUAUAGACGGCAUCUGGCCCUUCCUACAAAGCAUCGAUUGGAGGGAUCCAUGGCUUGCCGCGUUAUUGACUUUUCACAUUGUCGUCACAAUGACUGCGUUAAUGACGAGAAACCAUGCAAAUUUUCAGAUAAUCCUAUUUCUCAUACUUUUACUCUUGGUUUAUUUCUCAGAAAGUAUUAACGAAGUUGCGGCGACAAACUGGAUGGUAUUCUCAAGACAGCAGUACUUCGACUCGCAAGGCCUAUUUAUAUCUGUUGUUUUCUCCGUACCCAUUUUAAUAAAUUGCAUGAUCAUGGUGGCCAGUUGGCUUUAUCAAUCCAGUCAAUUAAUGACAUUUCUCAAACGGGCUCAGUUACGGGCUCAGCAAGCCAAAAAUCGCCAGCUCAACGAUCGCGAGGCGACGAAUACCGAAAGAACGACCCGACCGAAGCACGAGUGAAGAAUAUUGACGGUCUAGUCAUAAUACACGGUGGUACGAGAGAGUGCUAAAAACGUGUUAUUUAAUUAAGGGACAAGAAAAAAUAUCGCUAGGAUUAUAUUUACGUCAACUUACAACUAGAGAUAGAUUUUCACUGAGCGCUGUGUAACAUUUGGCCAUUGUUGAUUCCAUUUACAGUUAAAAAUUAUUUUAAACAUGACAAGAUGUGUCAUUACAUGUGUUCUUACAGAUUUUUGGAUGCUAAAAACAAUGCUGCAAGCAGCAAUUUUGUUAAGUUUCCGAGAUAAUUGUGGUUUAAUGCACAAAAAGAUUUUUUGCGAGAUUUGAUUUUUUUGUAAAGAAGGUUAAUAUUAUCUUUAAAUUCUGAUCUGAAAUGUAAAAUUUAAAAAAGUGCACUUUAUAAUUAAUAAAUAAAUAAAUAAUACAUUCAUGUUUUCUAUCCGAAUUGUAAGAAAAUGUUAACCUUUUAAAAAAUUUUUUUUUUAUUUCAAAAAAACUUUUAUACAGUAAAUCUCAAUUAUUUUGGAAACCUUGGAGACGUGUUGGUGAAAAUUGGCUUGCCGCAUUUUUUAGCAUCCAAAUCUAUAAGAAAUAUGUUGUCCAGUUCAAUAUAAUUAAAUAAAAUGGUUUUUUUUCUAAACUAGGUUUUUGAAAAAUCGUUCCGAUCUCACAUCGCGAAACGUCGAUUAGCCAGAUUGAUAUUUCACGCGGAGACCUGUGCGACAGAAAGAAAUUGGGGAAGGAAAGAAAAAUAUACAUAACGAAAUACAUAACAAUACGGUACAGGACCAGAAUAAUAACGCACGUCGGUGUUACCUAGUCAAACUUUCGGUUAGCAUGUACGUACUCUCCCGACAUUGUGCCGUAUUAUACACAACGAUUUUAUAAAAUUAAACCACUUAAUGCGCGAAACGCAGCUGAAUUGAUGAGAGAUAAUCGGCUCAUACUGCGAACAAUAACUAUAUAGAAGGGGCACGGGAACGAUAAUACAGCAAGUCACGCGUUUGUCCUUGUCUUAUCAUUGAGGUCGACUUCGACUAAAAUGCAGUUAUAUCUAUAAUUGUAGGACUAAUUAUAUACGAUCGGCGAUUAAUUUUUCACGGCAAAAAAAGUCUGAAUGUAUAAUUUGUCGUGCUCGAUGUCUCGUUUUUUUUUUUCAAGUUGCAAUGAUAAAAGUUGACAUUAAAUUGUACAUAUAUUAAGUGAGUCCCAGAUGCGCACAGUGUAAAAUUGACACUACUAAUCGUAUAAAUUUAUUCUAACUUUAAUUAAAGCAGUAAUCUGAUUGGUGGUGUCCGUUUUGUGCGCGUCUGGGAGGUCCCCCAGGUGGUGUAUAUUACUUAAUACAUCGAAUGCCAAACGCGUAAUUAAUUGGGGUUUGGUCGAGGUCUCCUGAAAGAGCGAGAGGGGGAGAGCGCGAGAGAGAGAGAACAUUCCACUAAUUACAUUGUUUUGAUAUUGGUUGACAUUGAUUGUUCAGAUACUGGUCGUAAGAAUCAAAGUGUUCUUAAUGCGUAAUAUUAAUGUACUUAUUACAUAAAAAGUAGCGUAGAAGCACAUGUCACUUCACCGUAAUAGCUCCGCUGUAAAGAGAUAUAACGCAUUAAUUAAGGAUUCACAGUAUACAAUAACAUCAGCAUGCACGUGGCGCGAGUGCGCGUGCGUGAGUGAACGAGUUUUGUGAGCGUGAGUAAUAAUUUUUCCACGUGUCUUCACGAUUUUGAGGAGGAAACGCGUUUCGGAGUAUAAUAUGGUGAAAUGUGGUGUGUCGUGUUGUGUUGUAUAUUGUCAUUUUCUGAAUUGUAUAGUGAAUGUAAAUCAAAACGCAUUAUCUUGCCGCCUUUAUAUUUAAUAUAAGCGUUUAACCGUCUUAAAAUAAUAAAGAGUAUUUGUUCACAUAUA